GACAAAGAAAGGCUGUUAGAGCAUGCAAAGUGCUUAUCAGAGACACCGUUAAAUGAUAUUUAGACUAUUAAGGCUAUAGCAUGAAGAUCAAAGUGGCUUCAGUUUGUUAUUUUGACUUGGCUGUCUCCCCAAGGCAUUGAAAACGGAAUUUUAAUUCGCGUGAUCCUGCACGCAUUGUCUUUUUCUAUUACAGUGAAGCAUGACCAGCUGAGUAGGUUUAAACACAAUAUCAGUUACGCCUGGAAUGCAAUACGUACUGUUGUAGAUUGUGUCUGUUAUGUUCGGACGCCAUUUUCUUUUCUGUUGAUAAGCAAAAUAAGAUCUGCAUCUGGUUGUCGAGGCUAAUCAAAGGAACGAUCAUCUUUACAGAAAAUUCACCAUGGAGAACGGCUUUAAAUCUAAGAAUGCUUCUGCUGUGGCGAUGCCUCCUGGAUACGUACUGAGGGAGGCAAAGAAACCUCGAGAAUCGCUCAGAAUCCUGCUGAUCGUAGUAAUUCCGAUCAUUUUGUGCGCCAUCUUGAUCCUGAUCUUUAUGUUCGCAGUGGACAUGCCUCCUAAAAAACCCUACACGUCGCCUUGCCUCGCGUCUGCUGAGGCCAACAGCUCUGACCUCGCAGAAGUCCUGAGAAAGGUCGAACGAUUAUACUUCUAUAAACUGCACCCGGAGUUGAUUCACAGCAUGCAAGGAGUGACGCCCGAAGAAAUCCGAAGGUACUUUCAGCCUUACGAUCCCACCCCGAAUGCUACCCAGAACAGAACCGACGACGCCAGGAAGUUACUCCUUAAAUUAAACGAAUUGGAAUUUGAUACCAAGUUGUUGAAGCUAAGAGAGCGCAAGGCAGUGCAUGUUGCCAAGGCCAUAUUACUGAAUAACUUUGGAUGGGCGCCGUACGCACAAGACUACUACAGCGGUGACUGGCUGCUCGGACCUGAUCUUUUCUGUUGGCAACCUGUUUGCAAAGUGUUUCAAAAUUUAGAUGCAGCUUUAUCGUAUUUCAAACCACGUAACAUGACUGAGUUGGAGAAGCUGAAGGACCUUUUUGAGCAGUACAAUCGAACGUUUAAUAGGUACAUUGAGAAUUGGAAACUUGGAGCGCGCACAGGAUAUGUAAGAACCUUCCAAGCUUGCCAAGCUGGUCUGCAUGCCAUCAAGUACGACAAGUACAGAAACAUGGCGCUGAAAAACGAAUCAGGUAUUUAUGAUCAAAAGUUUGCUAAGGUGCUCAAUGAUUCAAGCUUCUUUGAAGAUCUCUCGAAGUCGGUGAACGAUACUUGGAAAGAAAGGUUCCAACAAAACGUGACGAUGUACUUCAAACAGUCUCUUAUAGACAAUAUCGCAAAGGCGGCUAUCAGGAUGUUGAAGUAAGUCUCCAACACAUAUAAUUUGACUGGCUCCCCCCUGCACCUCGGUGGGAUAUGACGUUGUUUUAACGUGGGAGCCUGGUGUGGAGGGAGGGAGUUACUCUUUAAAGUUUUAUAUGGGCAGGCUCCGCCCCAAGGUCCAACCUUUUACCCUUUUGUAUACCAUUUUGACAGAAAGGGUAACCCUUUCGUAUAUCUUUUAUUAAAAAGGUACCGCUUUCACACACCUUCUUUAUUGCGUCCCUUUUCUGAACUUUUGAAAUGAAGUCAACAAACUGAUAAUCAAGCAUUC